AUGGAAGUGCUGGAACACCCCGAGAACGGGCUCGGUGAAGUGGGCCCCCUGAGGUUCGGGAGCGGCGCUCGCGAGAAGGGAGACACGCCUCCGGUUCCGUUGGGAACCCCUGGCGAGAGUCGUCUCCCGUCCCUCCUGGCCGGAAAGCUUUCCGAGAGGGCCAUGGAGUGCAAGCCCAGAGAGCUGGCCAUGGCGGCGUGGGGCCUGGCGGUGCUCGGGGAGCGCGACGAGAACCUGCUGUCCGCCAUUGCGGAGGAAGUGUCUCUCAGGACCGAUGAGUUCAAGGGGAAGGAAUUGGGGAACGUCGUCUGGGCAUUCGCGGUGCUGGGCUUCAGAGAUCAGGAGAUGCUGGAGGCAGUGGCCGAGGUCUUGUCGCCUGAGCCGCUGCAGUGGCGCGGCAGGGUCUCUUGGGAGUGGAAGCACGGGAAGAAGAAAAAGUCCCGACGGGGUGGCAAGGGCCACGACAACCGGACGACGGGCUUCUGGAAGGCCACCAUCGACCGCACCUGGGCCAUGAGGCUCCCGGGUGGCGCACCGCCGGCCCGGCCCGCAGCGAUGGUCAUGGCCGAGAAGGAGCGGCUGGCGAAGACCGCAAAGGCAGCCUCCUCCUCUUCCUCCUCCUCCUCCUCCUCCUCCCCCUUAGCAGCGGGGCGUGCUAGCAAGGCACCAAUACCACCAGCAACAACAGCAACGACAGGAACGGCAGCGGUAGUAGAUGCCGAGAAAGACUCCGUCACUGAGGGCGGGUCAACGGAAUGGCGCAGCGUUCAUCGCGUUGGCGGCGCCCCGGCCACGAGCACGACGACCUCGCGCUCUAGUGCCGCGGCUUCGGGCACGGCGGAGGGAGCCCCGCACCGGUUUUCUGGGGUGACCGGAGGAGGGCCUUCCUCUUCUGCUGCUGCUGCUGUAGGGCAGCCUUUUUCUGCCGCCGCUCUUUCUUCGAGGGAGCACUGGAGCUGCGCAUCCGAGGUGGAAGUGGGAUCCGUGAUUCUAACCCCUCAAGAUCUUGCUAUGCUGUCGUGGGGCUUUAGCUCCUUGUCCCAGGAGUGUCUUCCCUGUCAGCCGGCGGCCUACCGAGCUCUGGACGUCCUGGCCAAGGCCGCCCGAGAGUGCGUGGGCAACUUCAGGCCGCAGGACGUGUCCAUGGUCUCGCUGGCCCUUGCUCGCAUGUCGUGGGACGACCCUCGCCUCAUGAAGGCCAUGGCUAGCCGCACCACGGAAACUCUUCGCGCCUUCAAGCCGCAGGAGCUGAGCAACACGGCCUGGGCGUACGCUCGGCUGCACGUGCGGGACCGUCGUUUCUGGAGCGCUUUGCAGAAGCAAGCCAAGCGGAUGCUCGACGGUCCCGGGAUGAGCGCGCAAGAGAUCGCCAACCUGGCGUGGGCCCUGGCGGUGAUGGGCGAAGCCGACGUUGAGCUUCUCGAGGAGCUCCUCCGAUCGGCUCAGGCUCAGAGGGGCGACUUCACGCUGAUCGAGAGCCAUCAGCUCUACCAGGUGUACUUGCUCUGGGGUAAGGACAUGCCCGAGCUGUGGAAAGAGCUCGACGGAGAGUUCCUUAUGGCCCUGAAGCGCCGGUGGACCGACAACCAGCAGAGGACGAAGCGCUCGUCGUGCUCUCACCUCGAAGUGUCACAGACUCUGGACCUGAUGCAGAUAUCGCACGAGAACGAGUCGGAGCACGACAUCGACAUCGAGGUGGUGGGCGUCGGCCUGGCGAGCGAGGACUGGGACUUCAGGUCCUUCUCCGCCGGCACCGGUCCGAACCCGGCAGAUCCCGCCGAGGUGCGGCUAAAGCUAGCCCUCGAGGUGGACGGGCCGGCGCACUUCACCAAGAACACCGCGCGGCCGCUGGGGCACAUGGUGCUCAAGCACCGCACCCUGUCCAAGAUGGGCUGGACAGUGGUCUCGAUCCCUUUCCUGGAAUGGGAUCCGAUCCCAUUCUGGUCCAGCAUGGAGAAGAAGCGGUACCUGCAGAGGAAGCUCGGCAUCACGAGGACCAUUCUUCGCGCCCCCAAGGCCACAGCAAAGCACACAUCAACCUGCUCUGUGCCGAAUACGACCGGACGCAGCACAUCGUCGCCAGCAUAGAUAGGGAGGCCGACCUCGGGAAACCCCAGGAACUUUUCCAUUCGAACAAAGGUACGCUGCCUUUUGAGCAUCAAACACUGCUUUGAGAGCUGCCAACAGGUUGUGAUAAUAUUCUAAUUGUUUGCUGUGGCUUUGGAUCCAAGGAAAUUAGUAUACUGCCCGCGUGUAGAUAGCCACCCCCCCCAAAAAAACCAAAAUUACGGCCGCUUCUCCGCGGGUGGCAUCCAUCAGGACCAGAAACAAUUACACAAUUGACACCCCGUGGACAGAUUGAAGCCACCGGAGGGUAAAUACGUGAUUCACCACGCGCAGCAGUUUGCACGGACUUUUUCUCCCCCAUUCCCCCGUCUGCCCCCCCUCCCUUACCAGACUCCAAAGCCCUAGUUAUCGAGCAAGACGUACCUCUUGUGCUACAAACGAACCGCCAACCAAGACAACUACACACACAAGGGGGAGAGUCGGGCCACCUGCCUCCUGCCUUGCACAAGCUCGCCGAGAUGCUACAUACCCAACAACAGCAGAGGUAGGUCUCGCACGCAGAAAACGUUCCAAGAGAAAGAAGCAGGAACGUCGAAAGGGGAAGAAAGCACGUCCAAACACAAGAGACAAAACGACGCAACGAAUACCGGUACAAUACACCACAAGACGUCCA